AUGAAAGACGAACAUUGUAAAAAAAAGUAUCCCAAACAAUUCUUGGAUGAAACACGUCAAUACAUUGACUCAUAUCCCGAGUAUAGGAGAAGGUUUGAUGAGUCUAUAUCGUUAGGUAGAGAUAUGUCUGUCGAUAAUAGAUGGGUGAUUCCUUAUAACCCUUGGUUACUGUUGAAGUAUGACUGUCACAUCAAUGUAGAGAUUUGCAGUAGCAUUAAAAGUAUCAAGUAUCUAUACAAAUAUGUGUACAAGGUCCCUAAUCGUGUGACUAUGGAGGUUCAUAAAGGAUCAUACAUGGAUAAAGUUCAACAAUAUGUUGAUGCAAGAUGGAUUUGUGCUCCUGAGGCAUUAUGGAAAAUAUUUCGAUUCACUCUUUACCGAUUAUAUCCUUCGGUUGAAAGAUUGCAGAUCCACUUGCCGAAUCGCCAUCAAGUGCGCUUUUAUGAUCAUUAG